AUCCCUCGCGUUUCCUGCACUCCCGAGAAGUAGUUUGCCCCGUCAUUCGAGCUGCCGCCUCGUCAGUUUCGGGCGAUUCGAGACUCUCUUUCAUCAUCAACUUAACCACUUCGCACGCUCGAUAAUCCACCGCCACGUUAUUCGUCGCGUGGCCCGGCGUUGAAAGCGCGUUUCUUUCGCGGCGAUGGAGGAGGAGGCGAUCGAGCGAGCCGUCCUGGCAUAUCUGCGCCGCAAGGGCUACAAAAAUGCUGAGCUGGCGUUUAAAGACGACUCCAAGACGCAGUCGCUCGAUGCGCUCGUCACGGUUGGCGGGAAGGCGGCGGCUGCUGAGCUGGACAAGAAUCUGGCCAAUCAGAUCAUGCUCUACAGCAGGUCCGAGAAGGCACCCGCGUGCUACGUGGAAGGUUACCGGAAACUCCGCGCGUGGGUGCAUUCGUCCCUGGACCUGUACAAGAACGAGCUGCUGCGCGUGCUGUUCCCCGUGUGCGUGCACGCCUUCCUCGAGCUCGUCACGCAGGACCACCCGGCGGCGGCGCGCGCGCUGAUGGAGGGGUGCCGCGCCGACCACGAGCGGCUGCACGGCAGCGACCUGGCGCAGCUGGCGGGCAUCAGCGCCGCGCAGCACGUGCUCGAGAGCCCGCUCGCCAAGGCGUUCCGAGAGAACAAGGCCGUCAUCCGCAUGUGCCAGUACUCGUUCGACCUGCUGCUGCAGUUCCUUCACUCCGCCGACCUCAUGGCCGUCCUCGCCCUCGUCAACCGCCACAUCCACAUCAUCGUGCAUGCGGGGCGGCCAGCAGCGCAGGAGGAGGAGGAGGACGAGGCGACGGGCAUGGUGGGGGGCGCGGAGGGGACGACGGGGGGCGGCAUGCUGGCGGGGGUGGUGACGGGGGCGUCGAUAGAGGCGCUGCGGCGCAUGGGGCAGCGUGAGGUGCUGUGGGGCGCGCUGGAGGACGGCGUGGAGGACCGUGCUGAGAGGGAGCGGGAGAGAGAAGGGCAGGAGGGCGAGGAGGGGGGCAAGGAGGGCGAGGGGGAGGAUGGCAAGAAGCGGGCGGCGGACGGCAAGGCAGCAGCAGGGGGCCCGGGCGGCAAGAAGGGGAAGAAGGACAAGGCGGGGGAGAAGGACGCACUCAAGGGGGGCGCGGGGGGAGGAGCAGGGGGCGCAGCAGGGGCAGGGGGAGGCGCUGGAGGGGGAGGGAAGGGGGGGAAGGCAGGGGAGGGCAAGGGGGCGAGUGGUGCUGCCGCUUUGACAGGCACACGCGUGGCGUCACACCUGCCUCUUCCCAAGAUGCGCGAGGAGGCGGAGCGGCAGGUGUUUGACGACCUGAGGAGGCGCGUGGCUCUCGGUGCACAGGCCCUGCCGUCCGUGUGCUGCUACACACUGCUGCACGCACACACCAGCAUGACAUCCGUGUCUGUUGCGCCCGAUGGCGCGCUGCUGGCUGCAGGCUUCAAUGACUCCUCCAUCAAGAUCUGGGACAUGCGGUCCGUGGGCUCUACCCCCCUUCCUCAGACCGCCCUGUCUCUCGACACCUCUGCAGCAGCCGAAGCUCCCUCAGCAGCGGGGCAACAAGCAGCAAGCGGACUACCCACAGCCCACCACAGCAGCAGCACCACCACGCGGUACCGGGCGCUGCGCGGCCACAGCGGCGCGGUGCACGCGUGCUCCUUCAGCCCCGCGGACGACCGCUUCCUGCUCUCCGCCUCGGCGGAUGCGUCGGUGCGGCUGUGGCACGUGGAGAUGGGCACGUGUCUCGUGGCGUACCGGGCGCACUGCUACCCCGUGUGGGACGUGCAGCACUCGCCCGUCGGCCACUACUUCGCCACCGCGUCGUAUGACCGCACGGCGCGGGUGUGGAGCAUGGAGCGGUCUUACCCUCUGCGCAUCAUGGCGGGCCACCUGUCGGAUGUGCAUGCGGUGCGGUGGCACGCCAACUGCAACUACAUCGCCACGUGCUCCAGCGACAAGACGCUGCGCCUGUGGGACGUGCAGACCGGCGAGUGCUGCCGAGUCUUCGCCGCCCACCGCUCGCCCGUGUAUGCACUCGCCACCUCCCCGGACGGGCGCUUCCUGGCAUCAGGCGACGAGGGCGGCGCUGUGCUGCUGUGGGACCUGGGCACUGGCCGCUGCAUCGCUCCCUUGCUGGGGCACACGGGCUGCGUUUGGUCGCUUGCCUUCAGUGGCGAGUCGGCGGUGCUGGCGUCGGGGGCAGCGGACGACACGGUGAGGCUGUGGGACGUUGCUGCAGCCAGCAAGCUGGCUCCCAACGAGGCCAAGACGUCAGUGGGUCGGCGCCUGCGCCUGCUCAAGACCUUCCCCACCAAGUCAACGCCCAUCUCCGCCCUGCAGUUCACGCGGCGCAAUCUGCUCAUGGCAGCGGGUGCCUUCAGCCACUCCGACCCUCCUUGAUGCUGCACGUGCCAAUGCGGGUUCACUUCACAUGGUCACAGCAUGCCAAUAGAAUGCAGUUGCGCAUGCAACAUUACAUGCCGCAAUUUUGUAUGCUACAGCACUGCUUUGGUAGCUAUCAAUCAAUACUGCCCCUCCCUCCCGGUCUCAUUUGUUUCCUAGCAGAAGGCUGCUGUAUGCCUCUCCUACAAGUUUCUGAACGACCGCUAGGUAUGCACUGGCCCACAUUACGGUAUCAAGUCA